AUGGAUGAUACAAGAACUUCACUUGAUGUUAAAGAGUACCCUGAUACUGAGGUACAGAAAAACCGAACACUAACCCUGGAAGAGUGGCAAGAAAAGUGGGUGGAGCGCAAAAUUACGUUUCAUCAAGAACAAGGACACCAGCUGUUAAAGAAGCAUUUGGAUACUUUCCUCAAAGGCGAGAAUGAACUGAGGGUAUUUUUCCCUCUUUGUGGGAAAGCAGUUGAGAUGAAAUGGUUUGCAGAUCGGGGACACAGUGUAGUCGGUGUGGAAAUUAGUGAGCUUGGGAUACGGGAAUUUUUUACGGAGCAGAAUCUUUCUUAUUCAGAAGAACCAAUCAAGGAAAUUCCUGGAGCCAAAGUAUUCAAGAGUUCUUCGGGGAACAUCUCAUUGUACUGUUGCAACCUUUUUGAUCUUCCCAGAGCAAAUAUUGGCAAAUUUGACAGGAUUUGGGAUAGAGGAGCAUUUGUUGCUAUUAACCCAGGUGAUCGUAAACGCUAUGCAGAUAUAAUGCUGUCCCUAAUGAGAAGAGGGUUUCACUACCUCUUGAGUGUUUUUUCUUAUGAUCCAACUAAAUAUGCAGGCCCACCAUUUUAUGUAUCAGACGAUGAAAUUGAAAUACUGUUUGGUUCAGCAUGCAAUUGUCAGUGUCUUGAGAAAGUAGAUGCAUUUGAAGAAAGACAUAAAAGUUGGGGAGUUGACUACCUUAUUGAAAAGUUAUAUCUUCUUACAGAAAAGUAA